AUGGCUCGCCCUGAACGGUCUCGAUUGAUUAAAACAUUCAUUGGCAGCAAUAUUGUAGCUAUUGGCGCUGGUACGCCCUAUGUUUAUUCUUUUUAUGCUCCGCAAUUAUUAGCACAAUGCCAUAUUCCGGUCUCCAAAGUGAGUACCUUGUCGCUAUCGCUAAAUUUGGGAUCUUCUCUAUUAGGGUUCAUUGCAGGAAUGGUUAUAGAUAAAAAUCCAGCUCUAUCGUGUCUCAUUGGUACUCUGUGUACAUUUAUUGGAUACGCUACUUUAGACUACUGUUAUCAGACCCAAUUGUCUAGCGUUCUGUUAAUCUCCACGGCACUUUGCCUAAUUGGUUAUGGAUCCAUCUCUGGGUUUUAUGCAUCAGUCAAGUGUUGUACAACCAAUUUUCCACAUCACAGAGGUACUGCUGGUGCAUUCCCCGUAUCUCUGUAUGCCCUAGCUGGUAUGAUGUACUCAUCUCUAUGUUCUGAAUUAUUUGGUGAUGAUAUGGGUAAAGUUUUCAAAUUUCUCACUUUGGUCUGCUCACUUGCAAUCUUCACUGGCUGUCUGACACUUGAAAUAUUGGUUCACCCUAAAACACAGCGUUCUCACAGUAGACAAUCAAGUGGCGUUAGAGAUACUGCAUUAGAUCGCAGUCAACCUAUUUCAGUUGCUAAUCAACCAGAUUUUCCCGCAGCCACUGCUGGUAACAAGCAGGACCAGGCGUCCCUUGCAUCAGGGUCAUCUACCGCAUCAUCUUCGCAAUCAAUGUGGUCUACCCAAGGUACAGAUUCAUAUGUAUGGUCAACAGAAUUAAGCGGAUCGUUACCCUUCUGGGGGUGGGGUAGAGAGCGUGAUUUACCUGCAGGUUCACCGGCACCUAAUGUCCCCAAUACGGGUGCAACACCUGAAAGUCCACGUAUACCUACACCUUCGUAUUCGAGACCAGGAUUAAGCUAUUCUGCUACUAAUCAAUCGCGUCGAAUGGAUACCUUGCCUUUGAAUAAUACCAGAAGAGAUAGUUUCAAGCGUAAUGACUCUGAUGGCCCGGACGCUAGGGGAACUCUGAGUGCACAACCACCUGUGAGAUUGGAUACCACGCCAACGACAGCGGCCCCAACAAAGCCUAAAAAAUGGACCGAAAAUUACGUCUUGCACACUAUAACAACACCAAGAUUCCUCACUUAUUACAUUAUUUUGGCCACGUUACAAGGUCUUGGCCAAAUGUACAUCUACUGUGUUGGAUUUAUCGUGCAGACUCAAGUCAAUUCCUUACCAGCAGGUCGAUACAAUUUGAAUCCCGAGAGGAUCCAAUCAAUUCAAGUUUCCAUUAUCUCCAUACUUUCAUUUGCAGGCCGCCUUUCGUCAGGUCCUAUAUCUGAUCUAUUAGUUAAAAAGCUAGAUGCUCAAAGAAUGUGGAAUAUUGUAUUAGCAGGAUUUUUAAUGUUCUGGGGGUCAGGUCAAAUGCUGCACCAGAUUCCCGGCGCUGCAGUGUCGACGGCUACAAACUUACCACAAAGCCUAACAAACAUUUCAUUUUGCUCUGCAAUCUUUGGAUUUGCCUUUGGUGUUUUGUUUGGUACUUAUCCUGCUAUAAUUGCUGAUAGUUUUGGCACUGCCGCAUUCAGUACUAUUUGGGGGAUUAGCACCAGUGGUGGAUUGCCUAGUAUCAAGAUUUUUGCCGCUAUUUUGGGCAAAGAUUUAGACAAACAUACAGAUCCUAGCGAAACUGUCUGCAAAAAGGGUAUAGAUUGCUACAAACACACUUUCCACGUUACUCAAAUUUGCUGCUCCCUAAUUGUAUUACUCACUUUGUCACUUAUUGCAGUCACUUAUUGGAAGGCAAGACACAAGAAGUUGGAUCCUUUAGAUGACUCAAGAGCUCAACAUCUUUUGGAAGAGGAUGAAAAUACCCUUCAGAGCAAUGAUCGCCAGUUGGACGCUUAA